AUGGCGCCACCAGCCUCAACUCCGAUCUUGCGUUCCCAGAGUCGUGAGAGACUCUCCAAGACAACCUGCGUGCGGCCCCGGCGGCUUUAUCCUGCAGUGAGCGCAGGGACUGAAGCACUGGCGACUCGCGGAGCUGCGAGCGGCGAGGGGCCCGGACGGCCCGGGCCAUUGCAAGACGAGACCCUCGGUGUGGUGUCGGUGCCCUCCCAGUGGAGGGGCAUCCAGGGCACCCGCGGGGAGACGAAAAGCUGCCAAACGGCCAGCAUUGCCACAGCUGAGGUGUCCGUCCAGGCCCGGAAGCAUGCUGAUGCUGAGGUGCAGACUGACCCCCUUGUGCCAGUCAGAGUGCUGUCUCCAUCCCAGCAGGACAGCCCCCGGCUUGCAGCCUUUCUUCAGAGGGUGGAGGACCUGGUCAUCCGAGAGCUGAACAAAAAUCGGCACAGCCAUGCGUUUGAUGGCUUCGAGGUAAACUGGACAGAACAGCAACAGACGGUGUCCUGCCUGCACACUCUGUACUACCCCCCAGCCCAAGGGCAGGGUCUGCACGUGACCAGCAUCUCCUGGAACACCACUGGCUCUGUAGUCGCCUGUGCCUACGGCCGACUGGACGAUGGGGACUGGAGCAUGUUGAAGUCCUUUGUGUGUACUUGGAACCUGGACCGCCGGAGCCUGAGCCCACAGCAGCCGGCUGCAGUGGUAGAGGUGCCCAGUGCAGUCAUGUGUCUGGCCUUCCACCCCUCACAGCCAGCCAUCAUUGCAGGAGGGCUGUACAGUGGUGAGGUGCUGGUGUGGGAUGUGAGCCGCCAGGAGGACUCGCUGCUCUGGCGCACAGGCCUGACAGACGACACACACACGGACCCUGUGUACCAGGUGGUUUGGCUGCCUGGGCCUCGAUUUAGUCACCUCUUCCAGCUUCUGAGUGUGGCCACUGACGGAAAGGUGCUGCUCUGGCAGGGGCUUGGCACAGGCCUGCUGCAACUCACUGAGGGCUUUGCGCUGGCUGUGCAGCAGCUCCCGAGGAACACCAAGCUGAAGAAGUCUACCCGGGGUGAGAUGGAAGUGGGUGUCACGGCUGUGGAUUUCUCCAGUUUUGACCCCAGCCUGUUUGUUGUGGGCACUGAAGGUGGCUUCCCUCUCAAGUGUUCUUUGGCUGCAGAGGAGGCAGCCCUCAUGCGGAUGCCCAGCUCCGUGCCCCUGCGGGCCCCAGCACAGUUCACCUUCUCUCCCCAAGGUGGUCCCAUCUACUCUGUGAGCUGCUCCCCGUUCCACAGAAACCUCUUCUUGAGUGCGGGGACCGAUGGCCACGUCCACCUGUGCUCCAUGCUGCAGGCCCAACCCCUGAUGUCACUGCUUCUGUCUCACAAGUACCUGUUUGCUGUACGCUGGUCCCCAGUGCGCCCCUUGGUUUUUGCAGCAGCUUCAGGGGAAGGUGAUGUGCUGCUGUUUGAUCUCCAGAAAAGCUCCCAAAAACCUACCAUUUCUAUCAAGCAAACGCAGGAUGAAAGCCCUGUCUACUGUCUGGAAUUUAAUAGCCAACAGACUCAGCUUUUGGCAGCUGGGGAUGCCAGGGGCAAUGUGAAAAUCUGGCAGCUAAGCACUGAGUUCACAGAACAAGGACCCCGUGAAGUAGAGGACUUGGACCAGCUGGUAACAGAGGCAGCCACCUGA